CGUCAGUAGAAUUUUAGUAGAAAACUGAACAACAUCUUUCUGCCUAAAGACUCGAAAAUUUCAAUAAUUAUAGAAAUUUAAAAGAAAAACAAGGGUUUUCUAUAAAAAAUAGUUAUGGAAGAUCAUCAGCCAGCUUCAUUUACUGCUACACUUUCAAAUCCCAGAAACAACAUCAUUGGGAUCCUUGUUGUGGUCAUUGGUAGUUUGAUUAAUCUGCUUCAUGUACAUCAAACGAAAGAAGGAGAAAAAACAAAAUCCCAUGUCUCAUUGGGACCUCCAGGACGCAUAAAAUGGACCACACUCUCAAUCAAUAGAGAGGUUCCUUGUGAUGUAAAACCCAAAGAAUUAGUCUUCAAAAUAUUUACAACUUUUGUCCUCUCUCAAUUGACCUUGCUCACAUUUGACUUGGCUAUAUUCGGUUUAACAAGCAUGGGAUUAAUUAUCACCUGGAAACUUUUUGAACAGGCAUGCAAGAACAAAGACGAUGACAAACUUUUAGCUGAACGAAAGGAAAGGUUUAAAAAUCAAGGACAAAGCAAGCAGGAAGAUAAAAAAAAGUCACAGAGUUUAAAGAAGAAAAAGAAGCAGAUUUAAAAACUCACGUGAAGCAGAUUUUUUAAAAUAAGUUCAUCAGUAGUUUCAUUUAAUGAAAUUUUUAUUCCUCAACGUUUUUAAAAACACAGUUCCAUUAACGUAAUAAGAUUCGGC